AUGGCGCCUACCAACCAGGCGCCACAGGGCCCCGGGCCCUUCCCCGUCCAAAUUCCCAUCGAACCAGGCACAAGCUCGCUAUGGGACCGGUUAUCGACCUGGGCGGCGGAGAACAAGGGCGUCGUGUAUACCAUUGCCGGAGUCACAUUGGUGGUGGGUGCUGGUGGCGCGAUAUAUUACAUGUCCUCGGAUUCGAAUCAGGACCAGAGCGCAACUGCGGGCAGCAAGAGGAAGAAGAACCGCGAGCAGAAGCGUGCCAAGAAGAGGGAUGAGAAGUCCAAGGCGGCUCCAGAAGAGGCACAGGCUCCGAGCUCGGAGAAGAAGGCUUCGGUUGAGGCGUCGACAGAAAACGAACUGCCCGAUGUCGACGAGAACAGCGUAGCAGCGCUCUCAGACGAGGAGCGCAAAGACUACGCGGCGAAGCUCAAGGCCGCCGGAAACAAGGCCUACGGAGCCAAGGACUACAACCGCGCCAUCGAACUGUACGGCAAGGCCAUCCUCUGCAAGCAAGACCCCGUCUUCUACUCGAACCGUGCCGCAUGCUACAAUGCCAUGCAGGAGUGGGACAAGGUCAUUGAAGACACCACCGCCGCCAUCAACCUCGACAACGAAUACGUCAAGGCCCUGAACCGACGAGCGAACGCAUACGAGGAGGUCGAGCGCAACAGUGAGGCUCUGCUUGACUACACGGCGAGCUGCAUCAUCGACGGCUUCCGCAACGAGAGCAGCGCACAGAGCGUGGAGAGGCUGCUGAAGAAGGUGGCCGAGACCAAGGGCAAGGCAAUCCUCGCCGGAAAGGAGAAGAAGCUGCCCAGCCCAACAUUCGUUACAAACUACCUCCAGAGCUUCCGACCGAAGCCCCCACCAGAGGGCCUCGAGGACGAUGCGGAGCUGGACGAGGAGAGCGGAAAGGGCCAGCUGCGCAAGGGUCUCCAGGCCAUGGCCACCAAGACUGGCGAUGGCUACACCGAAGCCGCCGCAGCCUUCGACCGCGCACUCGAGCUCGGCGACCUGGGCGAGCACGAAGCCUUCGCAUACAAUAUGCGCGGAACCUUCAGCUACCUCAAGGGCGACAACGAGGACGCUCUGCAAGACAUGGACAAGUCCAUCAGCCUGCAACCCACCCUCACGCAAUCAUUCAUCAAGCGCGCCUCCAUGCACCUUGAGCUCGCCAACCCAGACGCCGCCGAAUCUGACUUCGCUGCCGCCCUCGAGCAAAACGCCUCCGACCCCGACAUUUUCUACCACCGCGCACAGCUGCACUUCAUCAAGUCGGAAUUCGGCGAGGCCGCAAAGGACUACCAAAAGUCCAUCGACCUCGACAAGGACUUCAUCUUCUCGCACAUCCAGCUCGGCGUCACGCAGUACAAGAUGGGCUCCAUCGCCUCCUCCAUGGCCACCUUCCGCCGCUGCAUGAAGAACUUCCAAAACGUGCCCGACGUCUACAACUACUACGGCGAGCUCCUCCUUGACCAGCAAAAAUACCAGGAAGCCAUCGAGAAAUUCGACACCGCGGUCGAAAUGGAGAAGUCCACGAAGCCGCUUGGCAUGAAUGUCCUGCCGCUCAUUAACAAGGCGCUCGCGCUCUUCCAGUGGAAAAACGACUUCUCCGACGCCGAGAAACUGUGCGAGAAGGCGUUGAUCAUCGACCCCGAGUGCGACAUUGCCGUCGCGACCAUGGCGCAGUUACUCCUCCAGCAGGGCAAGGUCACAGAGGCGUUGAAGUACUUUGAACGCGCGGCCGAGCUGAGCAGGACCGAGGGCGAGAUUGUGAAUGCCCUGAGUUAUGCCGAGGCCACGAGGACGCAGUUGGAGCGCGACUGGGCGCUCAUGGGCGCGGGCGCGGGCGGAUUUGGCGGCGGCAUGCGAUAG